AUGGGGAAGAAAGGUAUCGUGGUGGCGACCACCGUCAUCGCCGUGAUGACUGUCAUCUUCGGGGUCAUCAGCGCGGUUUUCUUGGGGCUGAGAAGCUAUCAGGAUGACCACGAUGACCGCAGCGUGUGUAAGUACGAGCGAUCGCCGGCGACGGCUUGCGGCGUCGUGGCGGCCGUGCUGGCGCUAACGACACAGAUUCUCGCUAGCGUGGCCAUCGGCUGCUGUGGGGCAUGGCAGAAUCCCAAGAGGGCCAAUCGCAUCGCCGCCGUCGUUUUUUAUGUCAUCUCAUGGAUCCUAGCGAUCAUAGCGGUGCUAGCUUUCCUGGGAGGCGCCCUAUUAGGGAUUGAAGGAUCUAUGGAGAAAACUAUUGGGAAUAGUAGUUGUGCCGGAGGUGUCGCAGUUUUCGUGGACGCGACAUUUCUGUUUCUUGUAGUUGUCGCCCUUGUGGUCUCCUCGUAUCUUCUUACUCAGAAAAAUGACCACCACGAAGCAACCGCGGGCAAUAAUCCUCGUUUGGUACCAACCACUACAUCUCCUUCGGCGCCAACAGCUACAUCUAAAGACAGCGCCUACGCUUCUGCUCCUGUGCCAGCAAAUGAAGUCUGA